GCUGCCGGCCGUUGGGCUCGGGCAGCUGUUUAAAUUUGAACCGGCCUGGGCCUGGCUUGUGUGUGAUGAGAAGGUGUGUUGCUGGCUCUGCGCUGACUGAGAGUCGUUGAUGAUGACGGUGCUGCAGGAACCUGUUCAGGCUGCUAUUUGGCAUGCGCUUAACCACUAUGCUUAUCGGGAUGCGAUCUUCAUUGCAGAAAGGCUCUAUGCUGAAGUUUGUUCCGAAGAGGCGCUUUUUCUCUUAGCAACCUGUUACUACCGCUCAGGGAAAGCAUACAAAGCCUACCGGCUUUUGAAAACUCAUAGUUGUACUACUCCACAGUGCAAAUAUCUUCUUGCUAGAUGUUGUAUGGAUAUCGGCAAAUUGGCCGAGGGAGAACAGAUUUUAGCUGGUGGAAUACUGAACAAACAGAAAAGCCACGAUGAUAUUGUUACAGAGUUUGGUGAUUCGGCUUGUUUUACAUUGUCUUUAUUAGGGCAUAUAUACUGUAAAACAGAUCGAAUGGCAAAAGGAGCAGACUGUUACCAAAAAAGCCUUGGUCUAAAUCCCUUUCUUUGGACCCCUUUUGAAUCCUUAUGUGAAAUAGGUGAAAGACCAGAUCCUGAACAAACAUUUAAAUUAACAUCUCUCCAGAAUUUUAGUAGUUAUCAGCCAAGUUUAUGUUUGCCAUUAGUUUUGAAUCAUGGUGUGCAACAUAGGCAAUCUGACACUGUCCUGAUGGAAACGCCACAAGACACUAUCGAAUUAAACAGAUUGAAUCUUGAAUCUUCAGCCAACUCUAAAUAUUCCUCAAUGAUGACGGAUUCUUCGGUAUCGUUAAUUGAUCCAUCUGUUAUUUCUCCUGAUGCUCUCCCACUUGGCUCUGGAACAUCAGUUUUGUCCAAACAGCAAGUAAAUAAACCAAAGUCUGGAAGGAGCUUGCUUGGUGGUCCUGGAACUCUAAGUCCUCUAACGCCAAGCUUUGGAGUCUUGCCCCUGGAGACACCAAGCCCAUGUGAUGGUUCCUUUAUGCAAAACUAUACAAAUUCUUCUUCUGUGAUUGAUUCAUCCUCUGCAGGAGGCCCCACAAAAAAGGUAUUACUGAAAAUUGAUUCCUAUCUAUCUUCUCCCUUCAUAACACGAAAGUCUGUGGCGAGAAUAACACAAAGUGGAACCAAGUCUGUAUUCACACAGAGUGGAAAUAGUCGCGAUGUAACUCCAAUUCCACUGACUCAGACGCAGACUUCAGGUCCACAGACCAGUGCAGCACAAGUACUAUUUCCAACAAGUACUGCUCCCACAAACGCACCUUGCAACGCACCCCCCCGCCGAAGUUCCAGGCUCUUUACAAGUGCCAGUUCAACUACAAAGGAAAAUAGUAAAAAGCUGAAGAUGAAGUUCCCGCCUAAAAUUCCCAACCGAAAGCCAAAAAACAAAACCAAUAAAGGAGGCAUAACGCAGCCAAACCUCAAUGACAGCCUGGAAAUCAGCAAGCUUGACUUCUCUGUCAUUCCUGAAGGCAAAAUCUCCUCAGUCACACCUCAAGUGCAGGCCUUCAAUAUACAGAAAGCAGCUGCAGAUGGACUGAUGAGCCUUCUGCGUGAGAUGGGGAAAGGAUAUUUGGCACUUUGUUCAUACAGCUGUAAAGAAGCAAUUGGUAUCCUAAGUCAGUUACCUUCGCAUCACUACAACACUGGUUGGGUACUAUGUCAAAUAGGAAGAGCACAUUUUGAACUGGCUGAAUAUAUGCAGGCAGAGAGGAUAUUUUCCGAAGUAAGGCGUAUUGAAAGCUAUCGAGUGGAAGGUAUGGAGAUUUAUUCCACCACAUUGUGGCACUUGCAGAAGGAUGUAUCACUUUCUCUCCUCUCCAAGGAUCUGACAGAGAUGGAUAAAAAUACCCCAGAGGCUUGGUGUGCAGCAGGGAACUGCUUCAGCUUGCAGCGAGAGCAUGACAUAGCAAUCAAGUUCUUCCAGAGAGCCAUUCAAGUCGAUCCGAACUUUGCUUAUGCAUUCACUCUGCUUGGUCACGAGUUUGUAUUGACAGAAGAGUUGGACAAAGCACUGGCAUGUUUCAGAAAUGCAAUCCGUGUAAACUCUCAGCACUAUAAUGCCUGGUAUGGUUUGGGGAUGAUCUACUAUAAGCAAGAGAAGUUCAACCUAGCAGAAAUUCAUUUCCAAAAGGCUCUUAAUAUCAACCCCCAAAGUUCUGUGUUGUUGUGCCACAUUGGUGUGGUCCAGCAUGCAUUAAAGAAAUCCGAGAGUGCACUUGAAACACUAAAUAAAGCCAUAAGUAUUGAUCCAAAAAAUCCCCUAUGCAAAUUCCAUCGAGCCUCCAUUUUAUUUGCGAAUGAGAAGUAUAAGGCAGCUUUGCAGGAGCUUGAAGAACUAAAACAAAUCGUUCCCAAAGAGUCACUUGUUUACUUUCUAAUAGGAAAGGUGUACAAGAAAUUAGGGCAGACACACCUGGCUCUGAUGAAUUUCUCCUGGGCCAUGGAUCUUGACCCAAAGGGAGCCAACAACCAGAUCAAAGAGGCUAUUGACAAGCGUUACCUACCAGACGAUGAGGAACCUGUAACAAAUGAUGGGCAGCACAGUGAGGGUUACCAGUAUGACACAGCUGGAACAGAUGAGUCCCAGGAAAGCAGCAUGACCGAUGCUGAUGACACCCAGUUACAUGCAGCAGAGAGCGAUGAGAGUUUCAACUUGUAAAUGCCAUCCCAGCCAAAACAUGGUUCCAGAGCAAGAGCUGCUACUCCCAGGCCUUUUCCACUCGUUUUCUCAUUAUGUCUGUCCUUCUGCUUUGAGCAUUUUGUCUGAUGCAGUUUGCCAACGUUAUAAACGUAGGCUGAAGAGACCUAUCACUGGGUCACGAUGAAACCUGUCACCAACAACUUUUAUUUUCCAGCCUCAAUGAUAUUUGUGUUGAACAGGGGGGCUUUGUUUUUAAAUAUACUUGUUAUAAAUGAUCUGAAUGUGGACCUGCAUAACUCCCCUUUCCCUCUGCUACUUCUGCUCAUGCAAAAUUUGACCUUCACUAAAGAUCCAAUUAUGCUGCUGUUAUCAACAUCAUAAAAGGGGUAAGGGGGGGGGUUGGAAAUCUAGUGGCUGGUUUUACCUCAGUGAUUAACCAGCAGAAGGUACAGGCGGUCAAAUUGGCAGCCAUUUUCGAGCAGCACUUUGUUCGUCGUGGCUAAAGUACAGCCUUUGGCCAUUUAGUUGCUGUGAAUGGAGGUAUUCUCUCAUCUCGCCCCAUCUCCUGUCUUUUAUUUCACCAUAGAGUGCAGUGCGGCCUUUUCUGUAAAAUGCACGCGCUGAUUGCGUACAAUGAUGGCACCGUGCUGGUCUUUCUGUUCCCAGGAACCUGCUGUCACUUUGUGCAACCAGCAGAAGUGUUGAUGAAUGGAAAAUGCAACGUGUGUCUGUAUGUGUGGAUGUGUAUGCGCAUGGGUGUGUGAAAUCUGGUCUGUUUUUUAAAUUUCAUUUCUCAUUUAAAACUGUAAUUUGGUGUCUUAAGUGGAUUUUUUUCUGUUGCUUAUCCCUUUUAAGUUCAGAUAUUUGUACAGUCUUAGAAAAAGUCUUUUUGUUAAUAUAUUUGCAACUCAGUUUAAUGAUGUGAAAAAAAAUCCAAAAUAAAAUACUUUGAAAACCU